CAUAGUUCGCGAGAGAGUUGCGGCGCGCGAGGGGCGGCCGGGCGAGCCGAGCCGGGGCGAGCCGAGCCGAGGGGCGGACGCGGCUCGGCGGCCCGACGCAAGCCGGACGCCUCCCGCCGCGCCGUCGGGGCAGGAAAACAGUCUCUGGCUCCUCACAAAUAUGGAAGGAAACCGCACUUGACAGUUCAUGGUGAUUCUGAAGCUCAUCAAAGAGACCAGCCGACAGCAAUUUCUUUCAAGAACAAUGUUAAUGAACUCAGUAUUACACAAAUUCAUUACACACAGCUUUAUGUACAGGAUGAGCAGUAUGUGAGUAUACCGAUGAGAUAAACAGGCAAAUUGAUAACAGAUGAAUGACUUUACUAUGCACUGAACAACGUCUGAACAUCUGGUGCUUAGCCCUAAGAAAAUGUCUGCUUGCAAUGCCUUCACUGAACAUGUAUGGAAACCCGGUGAGUGCAAAAACUGCUUCAAACCAAAAAACCUACACCAGUUGCCUCCAGCCACUGAAAAAUCUCCAGUUUCAAAUACAAAUCUGAAAAUCAAUGCAACCUCCAACAACAACCCACGUGCUAGGAAUACGGGGAACUUUCGACCACCUGUGGCAAAGAAACCCACGAUAGCUGUGAAACCCACCAUGAUGACAGUAGAUGGACAGGGCAUCUGCGGGGAGGCCACCUCACAGGAUCUUUGCGAAAACAAGCCAGCUAUUGCAGGAUGGAACCAAAACAGGACGAUCCUGAACAAAAAACCACUGAGUAAUAAUAAUAACGAUGAAGAUGACGACAACGAAGAAGAAGAAAAUGAAGGUUAUAGCCAUGUUCACAGACCUUAUGGGAAUAGCGAUGAAGUCGGCAAAGCGCCAAGUAACAAUAAUGGACUGACGGAAGUUUUAAAGGAAAUUGCAGGCUUGGAUGCCCCAUCCUCUCUAACAGGAAAUGAAAUUAAUUCCAGGGAAGCUUUCUUGGGGAGAAUAAACAGUCGUUACAAAAAGUCUUUAGAAAGAAAGAUUCCUCCGAGCUGCAUGAUGGAUGGAAUGAGAGAUUCACAAAAUAAGCAUGUCGUGCUGAGCGGAAGCCCUUAUGUGAUAAGCAACGAGGGAGGCCGUUUCUGCUACCCAGAAUCCUCCAGUGGAGAUGAGAGUGAGGAUGAUCUGCUCUUCGGCAGCAUGCAUGAAGACCACGAGAGCUGGGACGAAAGUGAUGAGGAGCUAUUAGCAAUGGAGAUCCGCAUGAGGGGGCGACCACGCUUCGCUAACUUUAGGGCUAACACUCUCUCACCUGUCCGGUUUUGUGUUGACAAAAAGUGGAACACCGUGCCUUUAAGGAACAAAUCUCUACAAAGGUUUUGUGCAGUAGAUUAUGAUGAUAGCUAUGAUGAAAUUUUGAAUGGUUACGGAGAUGACCCUGUGAUGCUCUAUGGGCAAGAAAGCGUACAGAGUAUGAUGUCUUCCGAUUCCAUGUCUCCUGACUCAUCUCUGACGGAGGAGUCUCGCUCUGGAACAGCCAGCAGUUCGUCUCAACGACUCUGCAAUGGUGGAUUGUCUCCUAGCACUCCUAAAGAUACAAAAUUGGUUGAGGAAGAAUAUCGGGGUUCUUGUGAUGAUCCGCCAUUGAAAGCAGCCAAAAAAAGUCCCCAAAAUGCAAUGAAAACUUUGGAGACUCAUAAGGCAGUGCUUGCCCUUAGGCUGGAAGAGAAGGAUGGCAGGAUUGCUGUCCAAGGUGAUAACCAAGAAUGUAAAAGUCCUUCGGGCGUCCCAGGCAAAGCUGCAGUUCCCAAUUUGAUCCACAUGGAAGAACAGGCAAGACCUUAUAGAGUGGUAAAUAUGGAACAGCCUGUGUGCAAGCCAUAUACCAUAGUGGAUGUAUCCGCGGUCAUGACCCAUGAAUGUAUAGAGAAUCAAGCAAGAAGCUUAGAUACAAAAGGUAUCCUGUCAAACCCAAAUUCACCAGAUACUGUAAAUCCAAAUGCGACUCCUCAUUCUGUAUCCUCUGGGCAAGUAAAUACCAACCUUAAAAAGUCUAGUGCAGUCAGAUACCAAGAAGUUUGGACUUCCAGUACAAGCCCACGACAAAAGAUCCCCAAGAUGGAACUAGUUGCCAAUACGCCAGGACCUUCUAUUCCUGUAAGGAAGAAUGUCCAUAAAUCUGCCCCUACUUCACCUACAUCAACAAAUAUUUCUACAAAAACAAUUCCUGUUAAGUCUCCUAACUUGUCUGAAAUUAAAUUCAAUAGUUACAACAAUGCAGGCAUGCCACCCUUCCCAAUUAUUAUUCAUGAUGAGCCAACUUAUGCUAGGAGUUCUAAGAAUGCAAUCAAAGUUCCUAUUGUCAUAAAUCCGAAUGCAUAUGACAACUUGGCCAUCUACAAAAGUUUUCUAGGAACUAGUGGAGAUAUCUCUGUUAAAGAUAAAACCACAAGCGUCAUCAGCCACACAUAUGAAGAAAUAGAAACAGAAAACGCAGGAUCUGAAAGCUUAGCUAACAAAUCUGAAUUUUCCCAAACGAAAGGGUUAGCUAAUAACACUGAGAGAAGACUGGGUUCAGUGGCUCAGAAAGUUCAGGAAUUCAAUAGCUGCCUUGGUAAAGGUCAGACCUCACCCAAAAGUUCUGGCCACAGCUCCCCAACAAAAUUACAAAGGACUCUUCAGGAGUCUGCAGCCAAAGUGGAAGAUACACAGGAGAUCUCUACUGGUAGUCGGGAAAAUGCCUGCUUGGUACUGUCUCAGAUUGUCGCUUCCAUCCAGCCUCCACAGUCUCCCCCAGAAGCCCAUCAGACUGGACCGAAGUCUUGCAGUGUUGAAGAACUGUAUUCCCUCCCCCCUGAUGCAGAUCUGAGUAAGAGCACCCCAGUGCGACCCAAAUCCCUCUUCACAACCCAGUCUAACCCUGAAGCUGAGGGGAUCAAGUCCACGGAAACGGUGCCAAAGGAAAUCCCAACCAAGUCACCCGUCGUCCAGCCUGCAAAGCCAGUCUCAACUUCCCAGAAUGCUGCAAGCCCCAAAACUGAGCAGCCUCCCCCAUUCCCGCCUCCCCGGUCCACGUCUUCGCCGUAUCAUGCGAGCAAAGUGCUGCAACGGCACUUCAGCAAUUGGACCAAGCCUAUGAGUCCUAGCCGGUCAACGGAAGCCGAGUCGGUCAUGCAUUCAGAAGGUAGACGUUCCGUGGAUGCAAAACCCAAGCGCUGGAUAUCGUUUAAGAGCUUUUUUCGUCGCAGAAAGACUGAGGAUGAGGACGAUCGAGAGAGAGAGAAGGGGAAACUGGUGGGCCUCGAUGGAACUGUAAUUCAUAUGCUCCCGCCCCCUCCCGUUCAGCGCCAUAAUUGGUUCAGCGAAUCAAAAACGGAUUCGAGUGAGAAACCUUCUAUUGUCUUUAUGUUUAAAUGUGAACAAGCCAAGAUGGAGGCAAGAUCUGAUGAAACCAAGACUGAGGUGGAACCAGCAGUUGAAAUUGUGACAGCGGAGAGAGGAGAGAAGGAGAAGUCUCUAGAUAUGUCAGCAGAAGCCCUGAAGGACCAGUUUUCAUCACUCCAAACUCCAAAGGAAACACUCAGGCAGACCUUCAGUCUUUCUUGCUCACGGCUUUGCACAACUUGUAGCUCACCAGACCGCAGUGGAAUAAAUGCUUCUCCAGAGUUUCAAGACAUGAUUAAAAGGCUCAAGAAGGCUCUGAAAGAGUUUCCUUUAAUGGGGAAUUGUGUGAGUGAGUACAGUGGUCAAGUGCCUGAUGAGCACAUAGCGGAAAAUGUGUCCCCCCGGAUUCCAAGAACUGCAUUUGAAAAGGAGGACAAUGGCAGUCAUGCAGACUUUGCUCCACUGUCCCCUCCUGAAAUGCCACCAGGGGAAGACGAAAGGGAAGAGAUGUCUGAUUCUUCUGACGUGAGUGCCUGCAGUGCUACCUACAGCAACUUGGGCCAAUCCCGGGCAGCUAUGAUACCUCCAAAACAACCACGGCAAGCAAAGGGAGCUUUGGAUGAUGCUAUCGCUUUUGGGGGAAUAGCCGAUGCAGAAGCCGCCACCGCUGGGCAUCCAGCACCACCUCCACUGCCAAAGAAAACUAUUCUAAGAGCUCACACCGAACCUCUUCCACAAGACCUCCAGAAACAGGCCCUUGGGAAUGGCCCAUGUGGGAUGGCCAACCCCACCUAUGACAUCGACACCAACUGGGAAGCAAGCAGCGCGUCCUCUUCAGUGAGUUUGGAAUUCAAGGCGGUGGACAACGAGUCGGGAGAUUCCUUGGAUCGGCCUCCGGAAAAAGAACUGGCGAUCUCCUCAGGAGCCAAUAGUGUUUCCAGCCUAACCGUUACCAGUAUUAAGGACAGGUGUUCCAAUAGCACGGAGUCUCUCCCAGGUAGACCUGUCAGCCAUAGCAGUCGCGGCAAGGCUGUCCAGAAGCCGCAGAGGCACGCACUUUAUAGAGGCAUUGAGAACCGAGGGGAGGUGGUGAACAAGAUCAGAAGCCUUCAUGCAGAUUCCCUGAAGAAACUGUCUGCCAAGUGCGAAGACAUGUUCAUGGCCGGGCUGAAGGAUCAGCUGCGGUUUGGGGUGGACAGCUGGUCAGACUUCCGGCUCACAAGCGACAGGCCGUGUUGCGAGGCCGGGGAUGCCGUCUACUACUCUGCUUCUUACGCAAAGGACCCUCUCAACAGCUAUGCAGUCAAGAUUUGUAAGAGCAAAGCGAAAGAAUCCCAGCAGUAUUACCACAGUCUGGCUAUCCGCCAGAGCUUAGCUAUCCAUUUUAACAUCCAGCAGGACUGCGGUCACUUCCUGGCUGAUGUGCCAGUCCGCCUGCUGCCAUGGGAGGAUGCCAAUUCACCUGAGGAAGAGGAAGCGGAGCAGGAAGACGGGGAGCGGGAGGACAAAGAAAGCUCUUUUGCAAUGGAGGUUCAGCAGAAAGACAGCCCCAGCCUGCAGGGAACGCUCAGCAAGCAGCGCAGCAGGGUCGUCGUCAUCACGCGAGAGGUUCCAUAUCUCACGGUGGCCGAUUUCGUGCGGGCCUCUUCGGAUCGCCAUGCCGACAGCCCCGAUUUGUACGAGAGACAGGUGUGUCUGCUGCUCUUACAGUUGUGCUCUGGCCUCGAGCACCUGAAGCCCUAUCACAUCACACACUGUGAUCUGCGUCUGGAGAAUCUUUUGUUGGUGGACUACAAACCCGGGGGAAGCCUUCUGAAUCAUGAGCCGGUGGAGCCCAACCCCGGUGCUGCCUGCCCCGCCAGGCUCAUCGUGAGCAAUUUCUCCCAGGCCAAGCAAAAGAGCCACAUGGUGGAUCCGGAAGUCCUGAGGGACCAGUCCCGCCUUGCUCCCGAGAUCAUCACAGCCACGCAGUAUAAGAAAUGUGAUGAGUUCCAGACUGGCAUCCUCAUUUACGAAAUGCUGCACCUGCCCAACCCCUUCGACGAAAACCCAGAGCUGAAGGAGAAGGAGUACACCCACGCCGACCUCCCCCAGAUCCCCUGCCGUUCACUUUACUCCCUGGGGCUUCAGCAGCUGGCCAACUGCUUGCUAAACCCCAACCCAUCCGAACGGAUCCUUAUAUCCGAGGCCAAGGGGGUCCUCCAGGGUUUGCUCUGGGGCCCCAGGGAGGACUUGUUCCAGACUCUCAAUGCCUCUUCCAGACCAGCUCAGAAAGAGACCGUGCUGCAGAACUGGCUGGACAUCAAACGGACGCUGAUGAUGAUCAAGUUUGCCGAAAAGUCUUUGGACAGGGAAUGUCAAGUCGGCCUCGAGGACUGGUUUUGCUGCCAGUAUCUCGCCUUCGCCACUACAGAAUCGCUCAGUCGCAUAGUGAAAAUCAUGCAGCAACAUUAGUCUGUAUGAGCUGCUGCUUUCACUCAGAUGCCCCCAAAUUCUUUGUCCAACCCUCGUCUCACGCUGUGCACAAGAGUCAGAACGCAAACCUAGCUUGCCAACACUGAGCAAACGGAUCUUGAUGGGGAAUUCUCGUUCCUGUCAUGGCUGCAAAGGAGAGGUCAUCGCCUCUUACAGCUGGCUGUGUGACCAGACAAGGAAGUGUGAAAAUUUUUAAUAAAGAAACCACUAUUUCUGAUGCGGAUGAUCGGAAGAAAGUCAUUGGCCAGGCGAGUCCAGUUCGUUCUGUGUGGUGCACCUGGGCUGCAAGUGGCAGCAUCCAGUCGUGAUCGCAAACAGAAAGGAGCUCGUAGUCAUGAAAAUGCAAGCUGCGCAGGCCAAGAGAUGUUCUCUGCCCCAUGGCUGGUGUCCCAUCAGGCUGGUGUGUGUCCUAAAGCAAGGGCACAAACACCGACGCUCUGUGACCCCGCUGCAGCCUCGUGUGGCAUUUGCCAAGCAAGGUGAAAGCUGGCUGCGUCCUGGCAGGUGACGCUGUUUCUUGAAGCUCAACUUCGUGUAACAAAUGAGCAGGAAAUGGGCCUUCUGCAGGCACUCUUUCCUGGGCGGCAGAACAAGAAGGGAGGGGAACAUGCAGUGUGUCUAGCCGUGAAGGCAGUCACUUUCCGCAGAUGCAUCUCAGCAGCGUCCUGCUCCGGCUUCCUCUACGCAUAAUUUGGCUGUGGAGCUGCUCUCACCAACCAGCGCUGAGAUAUCUCGCCUGUUACCUGCUGUUACUCUGUCAACGUGGUUCAGUUGACUGACACUGCGCACCAAGGAUGUGCUAAAUAAACAGGGCCGGCCGCCCAAAAGCGUGUCUGCCUGUAGACCCUGCUGCCAGCUUCCUGCCCUGGCAUUCACUGGCCUUUUCUUGGGGAAACCCUGCAGCCCUCUGCACCUGAUCCCUCUGCUCAGUUUUGGUGAGGUUUGUUUGAGUAGCUCCGGAAUGAUGGGGCUAAUGUCCAGUAUGGAAUUCCCACAGAUGGAGAUGGUUAUUGGAAUGUGGAUAGCUCUUGUGUUGAGCCUGCGCUCCCGCUUCUCCUCCUCCUCCUCCCCCUCCUCCUCCCCCUCCCCCUCCUCGGAUAUAUGUGCAAUUUUUGGAUGUAUUAUAUGAAAAGCUGUGUUAAUGUUUACAUUGCAUAACGAACUUAACCAUAGGUAAGACCUGCCCUCUUUCUUUUCAUGGCACAUAGAUGCACAACAUUAUGUGUGCUUUUUCUCUCGGUUGAUAUUUCCCCUCUCCGUGUUAAACUGUGACUAACCUGUUUACUUCAGCCUUGGAGACAAAUACCCGCUUUGAACAGCAUAGGCAUGUUUGGACCAGAACCUGAAAGCACCUCUGCAAGAACGAGCUCAGCAUAGUCCGCUCUGCCUGGGCUGUGGAUUUCUCUCUGAUCCCCUCCCUGUAACUGGCGGAAACCUGAGCCCAGCGUAGAACACGUGAUGGCUUCUUAACAUCUGGAACGUCUUGCUUCCAUAUCUACUGGUUGCUGGCGAAAGAUCAGGCAAAAUUAAUUGACAGAAGAGUGCGAAAUGGGAGUGUCCAACUGGACUGGCACGCCGAGAGCCAAGCACACCAAUGCCCAGAAGGCGAGGUGCACUCACAGUUCACGAGGCCCCUGGCAGUGGCAGGGGCAUUUGGUGCCAGUGCUCUGCCCCGUACACACUACAGACACCCAGCAGCUAUUUCCUCUAGAGGACCUUGCCAAACAUCACGGGGAGCCCUGCUUCGCACAGGUAAGGGAGGGGGCCGUAUUACCUAUGUGAGUGCAGGUUGCCUGCAGCCACUGGCUGAGGAAAGGGCACGCUUCUUCCCCAGCUUGGUGUGUGUCGUUCCGAUACCUGUGUGCACAUAAACUCUCAGUUACCCCAACAUGUCAGUCCUCACAACACGUCGACUGCUGACCACCAUGGUAGGCCUCCUGCUCUAUUACGAUGUGCAAAGAGUUGUGUGCUGUGUCACUGCUGCGUUGACGAGCACAUGCAAAGCAGACUCUUGAAUGUUUUAUGACCCCGCAUCUGUCGUGCGGCCGAUCCCAAAACCCCGUGGGUUGUCUUUUCCCUUUGUGAUCCGAUUUAGAUACGUUCUGAACCAGUAUUCGUGUUGUGCUCUCCAGGCAAACGUGAAUUUGUGCUCACUGCCGUCUCCUUAUUGUUCAGGAGAGGAUGAACUUUGAUAAUGAAGGACAGUAACAUGAGUGCUCCAUCCGUGUGUGUGUGCGUGUGUGUGUGUGUGUGUCGGAGAGACAGAAGGACAAACACAGAUUCACCUUAGCCAGAGUUUCCAUUCUUGAUGGAGCCUUGGGCUACCUUUCUGAAACCUCAAUUACUCGUUGGGCCUGAUACCAGAACAAGUGGCAAAUGGUGUUACACUAUAAUUUCCAAACAAAUGGAGAACGCAUAUUACCCUUGCCUGCUGCAGGCGUCAAGAGUGGAACCUUAAGUACACAAUUAAAGGUUCAGGGGUUUGUAUUUUAAAUAAUUUAACAUUUCUAGUUGCGGCUCACCACAGUUUAAAGGAUUGUGAUUCCCCUUUAGCCAUACUCUGUGUGUGUGUGUGUGUAUAUAUAUAUAUUUCAUAAGCAUACACACCAUAGUUGUAAAUACGUAUCUUCCAGAAAGCUACUGUUCAACUUACUUUAGUACAAUAUCUGCCAAUUUCUUAAUAGCAAACAAUCUCUGGGAAAAUCCGUUAGGCUAAAGUCUUUGAAUGUGUACUUCCUGGAACUUUUAGUGUCAUUAAUCUUUUCUGGGGUGGCCAUCUGGGUCAAUGAAUAAUUGCAGCAACAACAGUGCCUUGUCACAGAUUUAAAGCUAUUGUGGAGGAGGGAAUCACCCGCCUCUUGCUACCAGCUUAAAAAAAUAUAUUGCCCACAUCAAAAAAGUAAAAUAAAAUAAAAUUUUGCGUGUAUCUGAAGCUGAGUGGGCAACUUAACCCAAGCAUUGUAUGGUCAUGGACAUCCUGUGGCUCCUUUGAUAUUAGUGAAAAGCCAAAAUAACAAAAUGAUAGGAGUUAUUUUCUAAAUCUGCAACUUGCACAGAGUAAGAAACAAGCUGUGUUGAAGUAACCAUCUACACAGCAAAGGAUUUGGAAAGCCUGUUGCUUUGACAAUCUUUUUCAGACGCAAUGGACAAGACAAACCGUGUGCACAAACCUCACGCAGGUCUUGUUACAAACGCUGUUGAGAACUGUGCUCAGUCUAUGCAGUGGUGGAAAAAAACAGAACACAUGGAAAGCAUGAAUGUUAGGGAAAGUGGCAAUUUUCUUCCAGUGAAAGCCAUUCAGGGUUUUGAAAAAAUGAACAAGUCACCUGUGUUGGUAGAAGACCGAUAUAAACCAUUUUUUUUCAUAAAAACUGUAUAAUAUGGGAUAAUGUCAGUGAAUGAGUGAGGAGGAGCCAUGUUAGUGAAAACUCCAGCCGCUAGUACCAUCUUAGCUACUAGGAUUCACUUAUUAAUUCUCGGCCGAGUAGCAACAGCAAGUUUAUUUUUAAGGCAACAUGAGAAAACCGGUGUGGUGGUUCAAGCCUGUCUUAUUCCAGAGCUCCCAUUUUCUUUUACAAAUCUGUUUUGCAAAUUCAGCCAGGAAAGAAACAUAGAAACAGAGCGAGUCAGAAGGGGGCUCUCAGGCCAUCUAGUCUGACCCCCGGCUCCAGCAAUGAACAAAUGCAUUGUUUGAUUUGGGGCAUUAACCUUAAUGCUUUCACUUUUAAAAGAUGAUUUCUUAAUUGUGCCAGAUUGCCAGCCUUAUGUAAUCAUCUAAUAAAAUUAAGGAGAUGUUUCUUUGGAAGAGAUUUUUGAAGGGGAACUCUUGAAACCCUUAAAGCACUAUUGAAUUCUCCAUCUUUUAAUAUUUGUCAAGGACUGAAAGUUCCUGUUUCUUUCUAAAGUGAUUCAUGAUUAUUAUAUUCCCAUCCUGAAUUCCAUAACUGUGCAGUAAGUUUGAGGUUUUUACUGCUGCCUUGGCUAAAAAUCACUUCCAUCCUAAAACCAAAGUAGGAAUCAGCAGCAGUCCAUCAAUCAGACUCUGGGAAACAAUCUGACAUACAAGACAUACAACAAACUUUGAUCAGGGUUCAGGGAAAAAAAUACCCUGAGCCAGCAGGACUUUCUGUUCCAUAACAGAAAAAUUUUCUAUCUAAAGCCCACCUCCAACAUGUUCUAGUAUGACAAAGAAACCACAAUGGUGACUGCAGAAGCAGCGUUGCGUCCAAGAGGCUGGGAUUUCCAGGGGCAUGGAACAGGUUCCUCAAGUAUAAAUGUGUGGUUGUUCUUUACUCCUGGAGCAUGGGAAGGAAAGAGCACUAUUUAGGGACAACAUAGCAAUGGGGGCAAAAUUUUCCCUGGACGGUGGGGGGGAUUGCGCUGUAUUCCCUGGGGGCGCCAGCCGUUUUCAUUCAUUCCUUCAACAUACACUCUUCCUGCUGGACUUGCCUUCUGCAAGCUAUUUAUAUAAACAAAAUAAACUUUACAGUGGAAUUCUUGAGGAAUAUUCAUCCUGUGAGAUCAUGGCAACUUAGCUAAAGGCCCCUCUUUCUGCCUGUUUCUGUCUAUCUUUGGGGGAUAAUUGCUGGUUACCGGAGUGUCUUUCGAAAAACAUACAAAACAAGUAGCUGACAGUCAUCGCAAUCCUGUGUGGACUGAAAUGUGCUGGAAGCUCUUGGUUUCAGUUUGACUGCAGCAUUUAUGCCUGGGAAACGAAUUGAAAAUUAUCCACUCCUAAGGAAACCUCCUCGGGGUCUUUGCUACUCCAUAUCCUGGCUGGAAAGCUCUUGGCUGCGGUUUUGUCUUGUUUUGGCAAGGGAGAGCAGAUGGUGGUUCACAAAAUUGCCAAGUUGCUUGUACUAGAGAGUUGACCUUACUCGCAUUAAUACCGCCUUCCAACCCCAUGAUUUUCCUGUUCAGAAAACCAUGAAAUAUUUUGAUAGUGAAGAAACAAAUACUUGUCCAUAUUUUUAUAAAUGAAUUUUAUUGAACUACAGGCAUUGUUCACAUUGCCCUUUGUUCUUUAUUCCUUGUAUAUAUAUUAUAUGUCAUUUAUAUAAUAUAUAUACUAUUUGAUUGAAUUUUAAAAAUUCAUAAAGUAUGCAUCGCAUUCCAAGGGUUUGUAACAGACGACUGUAGGAUAAACUCUAGAGCAAGAUUGUCUCCCAGCAAGAAAGUUGGUGUGUAUCAGUGUUUCUGUUGAGGACCGCUUUCCAAAAUACCACUUCAAGCAUACAAUUUGUUAACCUGAACUUAGUCUGGCUCAGAAAGUUGUAUAGCUUUCACCCUGGGGGAUAUUUCUUUAAAGUAAUGCUGAACAUUUUAAGUGUCAGGAAAGAUCCUUUUGUUUUAUUAAGAAGUCUGAAGCUCCUGCACAGAUGUAGUUUUACAUGGUGUUUCUUUACAAAUGCCUAAAGGUGAGAAGUAAUCUUUUGUAAGAUUCCAUUCUCCUGGGUAAGCUUUGUAUUUGGACUUUACUGCAUUGCUGUAUUUGGUGCUUCAUAUCUAUAUUUACACAUUUUUAUAGCUAUAACUCUUAGCCUUCCUUUGUGAUUGGAGUGCCAUUACACUCUUAACAUUUGCUGUGGUACUUUUCCAUGUACUCUGUGGCAUCCGUGUUACUGUGUAAAUAAACUAGUUUUAUUACACUGAAAA